GCUCCUCCACUUCCGUACAUUUCAAGCAGAGAAGCAUGGCCGCCGGAGAGCUUUGGAACAGGGUAAACAUCCCCUAUCCCUGUGCGACUUCAUCCGUCCAUAUGGAAAUAACUCCACCAACAGGUAAGGAUUGUAAAAACGGAGCAUUGCAGUCUUUGCAGCGUGGGAAUUCUGACAUAAACACGCAGAAAUCUCCAUUAUGCAAACCACGUGGGGUGGCAGGGAUACUGAUAAUUUCUAUUUGUUUUGCAGUUAAAUUUUUUAAAGCCCUGUUGGUGGAAAAUGAAGACGUACUGAAGCUCCUUCGGAAUAAGAUCUUUCAGACGGAGAUCCGGCUGCUCUAUGAGCUGAUGUUCAUCCUGAACAACAGCUAUAGGGGCAACAAGACCUUCAAGGGUUUACAGCUGGUUGAACAAUGUAUAAACAGACUGAAGAAUAUGAAGCUGGAUACUGCUCUUCAGGAGCUGGUAGAACUCUGCCCCAAUCAGAUCCAAAUGGCCAUGUGCAUGGAGACCUGUGAAUGCAAUGUUCCCAGUCAACCGGUUCUGGAGUGGACGUGUCUCAAAGUGCUUGGAGCCGGCAAGCUUCUGAGCUGCACUUUGUCUCGCUGCAGCAAAGCUUUCAUACUUUCAAAGAAGCAGAUGAAAUGGGCUGAAUUUCUUAUUCUGAAUUUGGUGAUAACCAGCAUGCUCAGUCGUUUGUGGUGUUUUUUCCGUGGUUUGUUGGCUAGCCUUUCCAAUCUGUACCAGUGGCUUCUGAAGCUCCUGGGGCUUGUGGCCCAAGCCCAGCCGAUGCCCUACCUCACCGACACAGCCUUGCCAGCAGAUAUGGCUGAUUUCCUUGAUCCAGCGGAUGCAGUCAUGCUGAGGAAGCUUUCAGCAUUCAACGCUCAUCUAGAAGAAAGAAAAGCAAAAUUGAAAACAAGAAAGAAAGCCUCAGCUAAAGUGAAAAACAAGAAACAGCCAAAGAAUGUAAAAGAAGACCUUGGGGUUCCUGUAGAAAGAGGUAUGAAGUCACCUGAUUAUACAAGCACUAAAGCAAGCAAUGCGGAGGAAAGAAUAUCUUCAUUUAUCAGAUUCUGUUUGAGAAAAAAAAAUCUUUUUCUAUCCAAUUAUUACAAAAAUCUCUUUGCAGGUGUCUGUUUUGAUGCUGUUAAGCAGCUGUCUUUUGGAAAGGAGGUGUCAGAAGAACAGAGCAAGAAAGAAAUAUUUGAGAAACUAACGGGUGAGGCUACAUCAUUUGCACUCAUGUCUGCCAGUAUGGAAGAGAUGAUUCAGUGGUGCGGAUCUGAAGGGAUGAGGAAGACAAAACGUCUCCUUACAUUCCUGCGAUUAAAGUGCAAAAGGAUGAAGUGUCUGGAAGCAGCAGGAUACAAUGUUCAGAGGAAACUUCGCCUCUUCAGACAAGAAGUGUGCUUGGCCUUAUCUCCCCAGACAUCAGCAUUGAGGACUUUUCGUUUUCCGGCUCAGAGGAUGACUGUCCAAAGACGCCGUUCACAGCCGCUGAGGAAAAGAUUUAUGGUAUCUAGAGCCAGGACUGGUUUAAAUACAUCAAGAGUGUUUGGACAUCAGAAACAGAAUGAGCUGGAGAUGUUUUUAAAAGAUUUCCAAAGAAGCCAGGCUGCAAGCAGGACAACUCUACAGGUCACUAAUUCUGAUAGAAACGACGACAUAGAUGAUAUCUUUGCAAUAGCAGGUUUAUGACACUAAUAACAACGCAGAGUGAAGGUCAGUCCUCCAUGUGAAGUGCAUACAUGCUAAGUGUAAUAUUAGAACAGUCAUUGUAUACCUGCUAAAUGUUUACAACUCAUCACAAGAUUCAAAACAAAAUAAACAUACAGUAUGUAGAUAUAAUGCACACUUUUAGCAAAGCUUUUAUUUCUGUUCUUCAUAACUGACAAAAGGGUUUUGAAUUUUUUUUCCCUUAGCCUAGGAUGUUUUUUAUAUUAGCUUAAAAAAAACUUUAUUGCCAUUUUGUACACACAGAGUGUAAACAAUACGACAUUUUGAUGCAUAAAGCUUUUGAACAGUGAAUGAGCAGCUUACAGCAGUGAAAUGAACAUUAACAUUUAUAAAGUGAAGCAGUGAUCACAAUGUAAACGGUAUAGGAGAAAAGGAAAACCAGGUUAAACUUUAACUUCAUGUUGUAAAAGGCAAUGGUAAGGAAAUGUUCUGUGCAGUGCAAAUAAAUAAUGUUCGUGAAAAAUGCAGUAGAAUAUUAAGUUGUUUUCUAUUUAAAGGGAUUAUGAAAAAAAUCACCCAUGUUGGUAGUGCAAAUAUGUUUACAAGUGUGAUGCAGAGUCUGUUAGAGUUUCAACAGUUCAGCAGUCUAAUGGCAGUAGGAAAAAGUUAUUGCAGAACCUGCUGGACCUGCAUCCAAUGCUGCAAAGCCUCAUCCCAGAGGGCAUCAGGGAGACCAGUCCAUGGUGGGGAUGUGAGGGGUCAUCUAUAACGUUACGGGCUCGGGACACGCAGAGCUUCCAUGAAAUUUCUUUAAUGGAGGGAAGAGGAGCCCCGAUGAUGUUCUCUGCGGUCUUCACCACACUUGUCAAGUUUUUCCAGUCUGUGGCGCUGCAGCCUCCACCCCCCACAGGGAGACAGCUGGUCAGAACGCUCUCUAUGGUGCAACUGUAGACGGUUUUUCAGAACGUUGUGGGCAGGUGGGCUCACCCAUCCUCCGUAGGAAGUAAAAGUUCUGUGUCCUUUUGAUCAGUGAGGUGGUGCUUACAGUCCAGGUGGGGUUGUCUUGGAUGUGCAGACCCAGGAAUUUGCUGCUGCUGACCACCUCCACAGCUGAGCUAUCGAUGACCAUGGAGCGUGGUUAGGCCGGUUCCUCAUGAAGUUGGUGAUGAUCUCCAUCUUCUACAGGUUCAGGAUCAGGCGGUUACCUCUGUACAAGCCCACCAGCUGCUCCACCUCCUCUCUGUAGUCCUGGUCAUUAUCAUCUCUGAUGUUAAAAAUGUCACUGGGCAAAAAAGUGACAUCCGGACCAUAGAAAUAGUAAAUAAGGGUAGAUGAAUGUCACUACUGUUGAUAUUUCCAGCAUCACAGGAUGUUGUUGGCAAAUAAUCAGUUGAUGUCAGAAUUUGAUGACGGUAUGUUUUUCAAAACUAAUGGGGGCAUCCGGAAGCUUAGCAGUUUUUUUAUUCCUUGCCAAAGAAAAAAACAGUUUAUCAGUAAUAAUGCUACUUAUUUUCUUUGGACAUGUGACCUUAUCCAGAUUUAGUCGUGGUUAUUUAAGUCCUUUUUUCCCUAAAGCCCAUAAAGUGAGCAUCUUAUAUGUGAAGUCUACUGAAUAGUAAAGAGCUUUUAGGGUGUAGAUAAGAAAUGAAGAAUGUCAGUACAGUAAGAUCGUUAAUCUAAAACCCAGCAUAUUAUUGAGUUACAUUCACCGUUUCCUCCGUAAAAAUCCAACACAGAAUGUAUGUGGUUAUGAGUUGCUUGGAUGUAAGUUUAACAUUUUUUAAGCUCCUGAGGAUAUAUGGCAGCAUUAGUGCUGCAUCGGUACAGGAAGACUAUCUUUACCUCCCUCAGCCAUGAAUUUCCCGCCAGACAACGACUGAAACCAAAUUGUUUCUUGUUCUAAUAGCAUUUUAGAGUAAAUAAUGGUUCCCGUUUUGAUAGCAUAUGACUGUAAAAUAAAUGGUUCCUCUUGAGUCAUAUCAGUAUUUUAACUGCAUGGUGUUCUAUUGGUAUAAAGGAGGCUUUGUGAGUAGGAAGAAAACAUAAGCCUGUACUGCUAUGAUGUUCCCUUUAAAUAAAUCUAACUGAACAGAAAGUUUGGGGCUGGGAACAAAUCUAUUGCCUUUAUUACUACUUUUAGCAGUUGGACUUUUUCUUCGUUUAUAUUUUAAUUAUAGGAUUAGAAUUCUCCAGGAUUUUUUACAUUGUGGGAAAGAAUAGAAUUUUGAUUUUUAU